AUGAAGGGAUUCAGACAGAGAGUGCACGAGCAGUUGUCGAGGGCGAAGGACGCCAACAAGUCGUCGAAGAAGAAAGACUCCAACUCAACAUCCUCGGGCCAGGCAUCUCUCGGCAUUUCCAACACACAGCAAUCGACAUCGCCUAACCAAGGUACCCCGACAUCAUCCACGACUUCUCUUAAUGAUGCGCGAAAGUCGCCGGACGAUGCUUCCCCGGCAGGGACUCCUUCCGGGGGUAACGCCACAGCCCAGCAUUUUACUUCCCAAGGAGCCGGUAUCCCAGGCCAGCCUGCGAACAAUGGACCGGGUACCCCAACGCGACAAGGACAGCCUGUGGCUCCCAGCGUGAUCAUUAGCCCCAGCGCUCCGGUAAGAUCGCCUUCCCCCUCGGAUGAAGGUGACCUCGAUGAACCUGACUCAUUCUCUGCGAUCUCACAGCAUGCUCCUCCCCCUGGAGCUGCCGAGACGAUGCCCGGAGACCUCGCACCCCCAAGGAAGUCCCAUGUUUUCGAUCGCCUCCAGACCACCCCCAAAGACAUGUCGGAAGGAAUUCGGACCCCUAAGCGCCAGCACUCGUCGCGAUUCGACAUUUCCGACCAGCGCCAACGAGAGCUGGAGAAAUUGCCAGGUUUCCACGAAGUGGCCCCUAACCGACGCCAGGAGCUGUUCAUGCAAAAGAUCGAUCAGUGCAACAUUAUCUUCGACUUCAAUGAUCCUACGGCAGACAUGAAAUCCAAAGAGAUCAAGAGGUUGGCUCUUCACGAGCUCUUAGAUUACGUCGCCAAUAACCGGUCCGUGAUCACUGAGCCCAUGUACCCCCGGGUGGUGGAGAUGUUCGCCAAGAACCUGUUUCGACCUAUUCCUCCACCAAUGACCCCACAGGGCGAAGCAUUUGAUCCUGAAGAAGAUGAGCCUGUUUUGGAAGUUGCUUGGCCACAUAUUCAAGUUGUCUACGAGUUCUUCCUGCGAUUUAUCGAGAGUCAGGACUUCAACACCAAUGUUGCGAAGCAAUACAUCGAUCAUCAGUUUGUGCUGCAGUUGCUCGAUUUGUUUGACUCGGAGGACCCUCGCGAGCGUGAUUUCCUCAAGACUACCUUGCAUCGGAUUUACGGCAAAUUCUUGAACCUGCGAUCAUAUAUUCGGCGAUCGAUCAACAAUGUGUUCUUCCAGUUCAUGUAUGAGACUGAGAGACACAACGGUAUUGCUGAAUUACUGGAAAUCCUGGGCUCCAUCAUCAACGGCUUCGCCUUGCCUCUCAAGGAAGAGCACAAGCUAUUUUUGACCAGGGUUCUGCUUCCCAUGCACAAGGUCAAGAGCCUAAGCAUGUACCACCCGCAGUUAGCCUACUGUAUCGUUCAGUUCCUGGAGAAAGACUCGACACUGACGGAAGAUGUUGUUCUCGGUUUGUUGCGCUACUGGCCGAAGACGAACAGCACCAAGGAAGUGAUGUAUCUGAACGAGGUGGAAGACAUCUUUGAAGUCAUGGACCCGGCCGAGUUUGCGAAGGUGCAGGAGCCUCUCUUCAACCAACUUGCCAAGUCCGUAGCCAGUCCCCACUUCCAGGUUGCUGAGCGCGCUCUUUACUUCUGGAACAACGAGUACUUCUGCAAUCUGGUGAGCGACAAUGUGGAAACUAUCCUUCCAAUCAUGUUUGCUCCGCUUUACGAAAACUCUAAGGGGCAUUGGAACCGCACCAUCCACAGUAUGGUCUACAAUGCCAUGAAAAUGUUCAUGGAAAUCAACCCGCAGCUCUUCGACGAGUGCUCUCACGAGUACACCGAGCAGCAGAACAGUGCCGAUCAGCGAGAGAAAUUCCGUCAAGAUCGAUGGGACACGAUCGAACAGCAAGCGACAAGCAGAAAGAACGGAGUUCCUCCCCCUCCUGCCCCCGUUCUCGAUGUGCCUGAGCCUAUCGAUGAGGUUGAGGCUAUGACCCAUGAGAGUCAGAAGAAAUUGAAUACCUUGAAGCUCCAGGAGGACACCGAGAUCUCCAAGGACCGACCUGCUCGGGAAGGAACCCCAACUUCGGUGAGUUUAGUGCAUCUCUGA